AUGACUGAAUCAAUCCCUCAAUGGGCUGUAAACCUGUGUGAUCCAAACUAUGCUAAAAACAUCAAGGUGGUAUCUUCCAACUCUCUCAUGUCUCCGCCUGGCUUCAAGACUAUUACCACAACCACCAGCAAGACAAAUAGUAACAAAGCUUCCAAAGCAGAUCAGAAAAAUAACUUGUCAGAGCUAGUUGUCCAAAAAGCGUGGCAAAUAGCGUUCCAACCCGCAAAAUCGAUUCCAAUGAAUAUGAUUGUCUCCUACAUGUCCGGAACGUCUCUUCAAAUCAUCUCAAUAAUGACUGCGGUGAUGUUCGUGUCAAACCCUGUUAAAAGCAUUGUGGAUGUAAGACGAGCAUUCAGGCCUGUAUCAGGAAACCCAGAGGCCCAAGGUCAGGUCCGUGUGGCCAUGGUAAUAUACGUUUUCUUCCAAGUGGUGCUGAUGGCCAUCGGUGUCCAUAAACUCAAUUCUAUGGGCUUGAUUCCCAACACCAGAAGCGACUGGUUGUUCUUGGAACAACCCUCUGUAUAUAAGGAACAUGCCUAUGUACUUUAG